AUGGAAGAUGGGAAGCAGAAUUUUGUCUGGUCAACCAAUGGUACUAUUAUUCAGGUAUCAUCAUCUAAUGCUAGUUCAGUUGUUGCAUCUCUUUCAGACAGUGGAAAUUUUGUUGUCAAAGAUGUAGUGGUGGAUCGAGUAGUAUGGGAGAGCUUUGAUCAUCCUUGUGACACAAUGCUACCAACCCAGCUGCUUGGAUACAAUACCAAAUCUAAAAAGGGCACUUUCUUGACUGCCUGGAAAAGUGAGAGUGAUCCAUCUACUGGGAUAUAUACAGUUGAAGGCGGACGGGUAACAGAGAUACCAGCACAAGUGAUCAUUUGGAUUAAUCGAUCAACUCCCUUCUGGAGAAGUGGGCCAUGGGAUAAAUCAAAGUUCAUCGACAUACCAGCUAUGGAUGAUCAGGAACUUAGUGGAUUUAAAGGAGAUGAAAAUGUAGAACAGGGAACACAGUAUUUCUCUUAUAAAUUAAGCACUCUCGCAGCAUAUCUAGAAAGGAAUCUUUAA